CUGAACCCGGCAGGCCCCAAGGGGGGCAGGAAGCCAGGAAGGAGGCAGGCAGAGCUCCCUGCAGCAGACCAGACCAUCCAGCACAGCUUUUGCAAGAAUAUGGCAUUGGAGACAGAUGACUCAUCAGCCGGGUCUGGCCCAAACAGGCCACAUCAGCCAACAUCAGGUGAUGUAUCGCCUCAUGAGAGGCGAUCCUAUUACCAGACUACACUAAUGAGGGAACCCUGCACAUCAAUGAAUCCUCUAAGAACGUCCUCAUCUAGAACACCAGUGCCUGUUCCAGAUGAUGGGGUAUUGCUGGAAGGACUGCCGAGUCAACCAACAAGGCAAAGAGAUGUCGAAAUGCACCGGAUGAUCAGACGCCUUGCGUCAAGGCGAGAGGCAAGCUUAGAAGGCCGACCUAUGCCACGGAUACAAGCACAGGAGAUCAUUAGUUUCCGAAGAGCUCUGUAUCGCUCUGGUAUUCAUGUUAGAAGCAUUGGAGAUGGAGAAUGUUAUAGAGACACCUCCGCUGAAUUUUUUUGCAGGAAUCCUGCCUCUCUUCAGAGGCUGGUCCCAUGGCUAAUGCGUGAACCUACUGUCUUGUUGGGCACUCUUAGCUCUCUAGUCAGGUUUGUGCAGUGUAUUAUCAUGAGACAUGUGGUUAGAUAUGAUAUGGAGAGGCAAGCACUUGCUAAAAUGUUAAAACCUUACUUGCUCCAUUGCACAGAACACUUUGUGCAUGAGUUUAUCAGCUUUGCCAGGUGCCCUUUUAUAACAGAGGCAUAUGAUCAGCACGCAAACUAUGAGGGUCCUGCUCCUUCGUAUGAAGAAGGAAGUCAUUCGGAAUCCUCCAUUAUCACGAUCUCUCCAGAUGAGGCAGAUUCCCUGUUGGAAAUUCUCUGUGGUGAGAGAAUCCCUUUCUCAUUAUAGCAGAGUGCACAGAGGCACAACACAGUGGUAGUUUAGUUAAGCGUGUGUGUUUGCUGAGA